GCGCGGCGUCUGCGUGAGGGGGGGGCCCAUGGCCAGCCCGCCGCCGCCUCUGCCGCCCUAGCCGGCCGCGGGCUUCGCCUGCCGCCCCGGCCGCAGCAUGCCGAACAGGGCCGGCCUGGACACGGCGCUGAGGAUGUCCCUGCAGCGGAAAUCCUCCAAGAUCCACUCCUCGGCUGGACCCGUCUGUUCCCCCUCGGGCUACAAGAAGGCGGAUGAUGAGAUGUCCGGAGCCACGUCCUCGGCGGAUCUGGACGAGGCACCAGCCCGCACCAUUUACUUGAACCAGCCCCAGCAGAGCAAGUUCCGCGACAACUGGGUCAGCACAGCCAAGUACAGUGUGGUGACAUUUCUACCUCGAUUCCUGUAUGAGCAGAUAAGAAAAGCUGCAAAUGCAUUCUUCCUCUUCAUUGCCUUACUGCAGCAAAUUCCAGAUGUCUCUCCAACAGGAAGAUAUACCACCUUGGUGCCAUUGCUAUUUAUUUUAACAGUUGCUGGCAUCAAAGAAAUCAUAGAAGACUAUAAAAGGCAUAAGGCAGACAGUGCAGUGAAUAAAAAGAAAACAAUAGUUCUAAGAAAUGGGAUGUGGCAGAACAUUAUGUGGAAAGAGGUAGCAGUAGGCGAUAUUGUGAAGGUCACCAAUGGGCAACAUCUUCCAGCAGACAUGAUCAUUAUAUCUUCCAGUGAACCACAAGCCAUGUGCUAUAUUGAAACAGCUAAUCUUGACGGGGAGACGAAUCUUAAAAUACGACAGGGAUUGUCUCAAACUGCUAGUCUCCAGUCAAGAGAAGAAUUGAUGAAAGUAUCUGGAAGGAUAGAAUGUGAAGGACCCAACCGUCAUCUUUACGACUUCACUGGAAACUUGCGCUUAGAUGGUCAAAGCCCAGUUCCUGUUGGUCCAGACCAGAUCUUGCUAAGAGGUGCACAACUGAGAAACACUCAGUGGGUCUUAGGUAUUGUUGUGUAUACAGGACAUGAUACAAAACUCAUGCAGAAUUCAACCAAAGCGCCUCUGAAGAGAUCAAAUGUGGAGAAAGUGACCAACAUGCAGAUCCUGGUUUUGUUCUGUAUUCUCCUGGUGAUGGCCCUUGUGAGUUCUGUAGGUGCCUUAUUAUGGAACAGAACACAUGGCGAAGUUGUCUGGUACCUUGGCUCCAACAAAAUGCUGUCUGUCAACUUCGGAUACAAUCUGCUGACAUUUAUAAUCUUGUACAACAACCUUAUUCCAAUCAGUCUUCUGGUGACAUUGGAAGUUGUCAAGUUUACUCAGGCUCUUUUUAUAAAUUGGGACAUAGAUAUGUAUUAUCCUGAAACAGAUACACCUGCAAUGGCCAGAACCUCAAACCUUAAUGAGGAACUUGGGCAGGUGAAAUACCUGUUUUCUGAUAAAACCGGUACUCUAACAUGCAAUAUCAUGAACUUCAAGAAAUGUAGUAUUGCUGGAGUGACAUAUGGUCACUUUCCUGAACUGGAAAGAGAACGUUCAUCAGAAGACUUCAGCCAGCUACCUCCUUCCACUAGUGAAUCGUGUGAAUUCGAUGACCCAAGACUGCUGCAAAACAUUGAAAAUGACCAUCCCACAGCUGUGCACAUACAGGAGUUCCUUACUCUGCUGGCCGUGUGUCAUACUGUUGUUCCUGAGAGACAAGGAAAUAAAAUAAUCUACCAGGCCUCCUCUCCAGAUGAAGGGGCUUUAGUGAAAGGAGCAAAAAAACUUGGUUAUGUCUUCACGGGACGGACUCCACGUUCGGUUAUUAUUGAUGCGCUGGGAAAAGAAAAAACCUUUGAAAUUCUUAACGUGCUGGAGUUUUCCAGCAACAGGAAGAGAAUGUCAGUGAUAGUUCGAACUCCAGCAGGACAGCUACGUCUCUACUGCAAAGGGGCUGAUAAUGUAAUUUUUGAGAGGCUUUCAAAAGAUUCCCAGUAUAUGGAGCAAACACUGUGCCAUCUUGAAUACUUCGCAACAGAAGGUCUGAGGACUUUGUGCAUUGCUUACGCAGAUCUGUCAGAAAACUCUUACAGAGAGUGGUUGAAUGUCUACAAUGAAAGCAGUACAGUUCUGAAAGACAGAACUCAGAAGCUGGAGGAAUGCUAUGAGAUCAUUGAAAAGGAUUUACUGCUUCUUGGAGCUACAGCCAUUGAAGACCGCCUGCAAGCAGGUGUUCCAGAAACAAUAGCCACGCUAAUGAAGGCAGAAAUUAAGAUAUGGAUUCUGACGGGGGAUAAACAGGAAACAGCUCUCAAUAUAGGGUACUCUUGCAGACUCAUUUCCCAGAGUAUGUCUCUCAUCCUGGUCAAUGAGGAUUCGCUAGAUGCAACAAGAGCUUCUCUGACUCAACAUUGUGCCAAUUUGGGGGAGUCACUGGGCAAAGAAAACGAUAUUGCUCUGAUUAUUGAUGGACACACACUGAAGUAUGCCCUUUCAUUUGAAGUCAGGCAGAGCUUUCUGGACUUGGCACUCUCCUGUAAAGCAGUCAUUUGUUGCAGAGUAUCUCCUCUACAGAAGUCUGAAAUAGUAGACAUGGUCAAGAAACACGUCAAUGCCAUAACACUUGCCAUUGGGGAUGGUGCCAAUGACGUAGGAAUGAUCCAGACAGCUCACGUUGGAGUGGGGAUCAGUGGCAAUGAGGGCAUGCAGGCGACCAAUUGCUCGGAUUAUGCUAUUGCACAGUUUUCCUACUUGGAGAAGCUGUUGUUGGUCCAUGGAGCUUGGAGUUACAAUCGAGUUACCAAGUGCAUACUAUAUUGCUUCUACAAGAACGUGGUUUUGUAUAUUAUUGAGCUUUGGUUUGCUUUCGUUAAUGGAUUUUCUGGGCAGAUCUUAUUUGAGCGGUGGUGCAUUGGUCUGUAUAAUGUGAUUUUCACAGCGCUGCCACCCUUUACUCUGGGAAUUUUUGAACGAUCGUGUACUCAAGAUAGUAUGCUUAGAUUUCCACAGCUAUACAAAAUUACUCAAAAUGCAGAUGGGUUCAACACAAGGGUUUUCUGGGGUCACUGCAUCAAUGCCCUGAUCCAUUCCAUCAUUCUCUUCUGGUUUCCACUGAAAGUGCUGGAGCAUGAUGCAGUAUUCACUAAUGGCCAGGGAAUUGACUAUUUAUUUGUUGGAAACAUAGUUUACACUUAUGUUGUAGUCACUGUUUGUCUGAAAGCUGGCUUAGAAACAACUGCGUGGACUAGAUUCAGUCACCUGGCCGUCUGGGGAAGCAUGCUGCUCUGGCUGGUGUUCUUCGGUGUCUACUCAGCCAUCUGGCCGACGUUUCCCAUCGCACCAGACAUGCUGGGGCAGGCUGGAAUGGUGUUGAGAUGUGGAUACUUCUGGUUUGGCCUGUUUCUUGUGCCCACUGCAUGCCUUGUUAAAGACGUGGCAUGGACAGCGGCCAAGCAUACCUACCAUAAAACUUUGCUGGAGCAAGUUCAGGAGUUGGAGACGAAGACGAGAGAGCUGGGAAAAGCCAUGCUUCGUGAUAGUAAUGGAAAGAGCGUGAACGAACGUGAUCAUUUGUUAAAAAGGCUCGGUAGGAAAACUCCUCCGAGCCUUUUCCGUGCUCAUUCUGUCCAGCAAAGCGUAUCACAUGGGUAUGCAUUUUCCCAAGAAGAACACGGUGUUGUUUCCCAGUCGCAAGUUGUUCGAUCCUACGAUACGACCAAAAGGAGAGCAGAAAUAGAAUAAAUGGUUCUUUACUUGAUGGGUGGUGGGAAUAAUGGGAUUUGGAUCAAUGCAUCCACUGUUAACAGGCAGCAGCAGCCAAAACACCAGAGAACUCAUUUCUGUGGCCUUAGCCAACAAGUUUCUGUAUUCUCCCUGCAAACCUUGAGUACAUAUUGUGGGGGGAAAUCAUUGUUUGAAUUCAGUCGCAAAGCUCUGCCUAAAGUUUUGUUUAUGUUGUUAUGAAGCAUUUGACUGUGCUCUGUGAGGUGUGAAAUUAAAAACAAUGUUUUACCACUAUUUAAAACAUCAGCAUAAGAUUGUUCUGGGAGAAAAGUAGAAAAUUUAUGUUCCAUGAGAAAUCAGCCUUUGCUUAAUUGGAACGGGGUGCUGAGAUUUCCUGUUUUGUUACACACAGACCAAGUGCACACGGCUGCAUGCGGACCUUACUCCCUCUAAUAUUCACUGUUUACUAAUGUGGCUGAAAUUUUAACGGACGAUUUGGCAUAAAACUUUUGAUUGCAACACAGUCUGUAGCUAAAAAUGCUUAUUUGCCUUCUUAUGACAGAAUAACACAAGAUAGCAAUGAAUUACUUAGAGUAUUUUUUGCCCUCUUACAGGAUUUAUUAGGGCUUUACCUUAGCUUUCUAAAACCCAAUUAAUAGCUUACUCACAAAGCCAGGAUGUCGAAGUCAGAGAGCUCGGCAGGGCAGCUGUCUUGAGUGCAUGGCUUUGUGCACAAAGAUGAACUCAAAUAGGUGCCUCCUGGUAACUCUUCAUGAUGUAUUUGGACGUGCAUUUCAAAUGUAGCCUGGGAUUUCCCUCCAUGAUCCAUUCCCACUUUAACAAUAGAAUGAAACACUGAGAACUUCAAAGGUACAAGCUUGUCGGAUGUUGAGAAGGAAGAUCGGAUGCGCACAGGAGACCGACGCUGUAACCCCGAAGAAGCAUUCCCGUGACCAGGUAGGAUAGAUUUGCAAAGGCAAGUUAGGAAGGAUUUACACACGUGCGUGCACACACAUGUACACACACAGAGCUGGUCAUUGUGAAGAGAAGACCUGCUGUUUGUUCAGCCAAACCAGUCACUCUUCUAGAUCUUGAUCCAUCAACAGGCUUCCCGACACACUUGGACCCAUGAGCCCUGGAAGGAAUGCUGGCUCCACGGCCUCGCUGUGCCAGUAAGGACAGGCGUGCUGCUGCAUAGAUUGGAAUUUUGAAAAAAAAAAAAAGGCAAAAACUGGGGCAUAAGUUAAAGCUGAAAGAGCUCUUAGAAAGCUUAUGCUGUCCUCCAGACAAGUUCUAUUAAUUUUAGUCGCCAAGCCACGUUUCUGAAUAGCAUAAAGUAAAUACUGCUGUGUUUUAACCAGGUUUCAUGGUUAAUGUGUAUACUACAUCUGUGUAUUUAAAAAGUUGGUGUUGUUUUUUGCCCUGUUGACCAUCUUCCAGAACUUUUUAUUGAUUUAAAUAUAUCGGAAAGCAAUUUGAAUAUGAAUAUUUAUGUUUAGCAAGGAAAAGGGAAAUGCCAGCCUGGCCCACUGGCUUAAUCUUCCUUAAGGGUUGUGAGUAAAUGCCAGCGCUCAGGUGUCAUAGUUCAAUUCCCGGUGCCACCUUGGAGACUCGGAGUCCCCUUCCAUGUUAAAAAGCAAAUUUUGCUCCUGCAGCACCAGGCAGAAUUGCUCUUGGAUUAGGCUAAUGGCACAGAGGGAAAAGUCAUCACCUUCUUUCUGCAGUGCUAAUGAGACAAUUAUGCAAUAAGGGAAACGUGAAAAUAAUUUUGCCAUAGGCAUGAAUGUCAAGGGGCCAAGUGUGGGUGUAUAUAUUUUCUGGGAGAUGAAUUUUGUUUAAAGGCACAAAUACUAGUGCAGAGAAUAAAUAAGGGGAGGGUAGACCUGAUCCCAGGAGCUUUUAAAUCUUAAUGCUGAUCUAACCUGUUAAACACUUUCUUUUAUUUAGAAACAAAAUCUGUUUAGGAAAUGCGGGGUGUAAGCCUGUCCUCAAAACCGCUAACUGUUUCUUCCUUUUGUAACAACACAAGGAAAAUUAACUUCCCACCGAGACAAAGCGAGAUCAGCUUAGUCUUUGUACUCUAAGCCACACAGUAAACAUUGGUAUGUAAACAAUUUGGAGGCUUUUCAUGAGGAUACAGAAAAAAAUCUUCUAAAAAACCUCUGGAUAAUGAAGAAGGGCAAGUAAAUGUGUCGAGCAGAGGAUAGAAGGGAUCCUGGAGUCUUUUCUGUUCUCAACUUAGUGCAACAAAGUUUUACAGAACGUAAGGAGAGAUGCUGGGGAAGAGCAGCUGUCAUCUAAUGUGAUUUAUUUUAUUAGUGCAGACUAUGGGCUGUAUCAUUUUGACCUGUCUGUAAAUUGAGGUCAGUGUGUGUCACAAACGCAAACCCUCCCUAGAGUGAAUAGUGGCUUAGAUUGAGGUACGUGUGUUGGAUGUCAGCUCAAUGGGAAUUACACAUGGGGUUUGUCACAGGGCUAUACAGUAUGUGACACUGGGGCUAGCAGGUCAGACUUUAUCGUCACUGUAAGGCCUUAAUCUCUAGCUGAGUUAAUCCUGUAGAGCCCACCCAGGUCAAGACCCGGCAUUCUUCUUGUUCUUUGGAGUCAUUACAGGAAUUAAUGUAUUGUAAUAUGCUGUAGCCUGACUGUUGGAGUUGCUUGUCUUGGUGAACAAUGAUGAGGUGUAUUCCAGUGGUGCGUUAGCAAAAGGAGAACGGCAGCUGCUCUGCAUCAACAGAAUUCCUUGUUCAUUAACACAACUGCAUGUAGCAGGAACAGCAACCUUUGAAAGCGCUAUGGGAAAGCGUUACCAACUAGACAAGGUAUUGGAGCAGAAGGAAUGGGAGAUUUCUGCUUGACCAUCCAGACUUAACUACCUAGGGCUGAUCAGAAAAGGGUGUCUUUGGGCAGCAUUCUGCACUGACCAAAGUGGUGAUGGGGUUUUGAAUAUUCGGAAGGAAGUGGUGAUUUUCCUGAAUUAAACCUGGAUCUGGUUGCUUCUUUUUGUAACACCGUAAUCGCUGCUUGCAUAGAAGCUGCUGUUCCUUUAACGAUUGCCUAGUAGCAAAUUGAAGCUGGCAUGCGGGAGCCUGAGCUGAGCACUGCUGAGAAGUCUGGUGACAUUUUCUUUUCCUUGACAGGGCUUCAGGUCUUGCUGUAGGGAGCUAGCAUGGGAAGUCAGUAAUAACUUGUCAAGGAGAAAUGGCGAAUAACCAAUAAAAGUAUCGGAGUCAAACUAAGCUGCUAAUGUAUCUAAAAAUGUAUGUGGAGUUAACAUGAACUAUAUGGGCUGUAAAUUAAGAUAACAGCCAAGCCUCGCUAAUCUGCACUUCACUAGACCACACGCCUCUUAGUGCACGCCAGAAAUGUGCAGUCUCUUCCACUGCCUCGGCCAGCAGCUAAUAGCAGAUGCUGCAGGGAAGUCUCCUGUUACCAAGAUUACAUUAUUUUUACAGCAUGUACUGGAGUGUGUUUGCUGGAGACAGUCAAUGCUCAUAAAUAAAGAGGAGAAGGCUCAGGUGGACCAGAAUAAGUGAAAUGCAGUGACUGUACCAUGGUUGGUGGGCACACUGGCUACAAUUUGGCCCUCCGUGGACAACGCCAAGAGCUUGGGAGGUGCACAGUCCUUACGUUGUCCCUGUCCUGCAGGCUUAUUUUGCCCUUUCGGGCUAACUCACCAAAUCUGCUGUUUUGCAUUGCCUCCAGUCAUCAGUUCAGACUAGUGAUGCCCUAUUUACAUUCUCCCUUGGUUUUAUAAAUAAUGACUUAAUUUAAUUUUUAAAUACUCUGAGGACUGUACUUUUGCUGUUAAGCCUCACACUUCAAGUUUGAAGCAGAGCAGCCCUUGAGCGGGAGUUCACCCCCGAGAAGCACUUUGGAUUUGUCAGAUUUCUCCCUAGUUUUAAGGGACUGAGGAUUUUUUACCUUAGUUUUAGAUCAUCACACAGUAUCAAUGCCUUAAAACUUCAGUCAGUUUUUAGGAAGAGCAAUCUGUGUCUUGUUGAGUCUAACAAUAAACGGUCGUGACACGAAAUACCUGAUGAGUUGGAGAAGAAUUUGGCUGUGUCUGUCGUAUACCUGACGCAUCUGGGUAGCAGUUUGCUUCUGAAACGUGGCACUGACUAUGCGUGUUCCUCAGUCUCUAGACAGUUGGGCUCCUUCUGUCCUGUCAGUCAGGACCCUUGUAUUCAUCUCUCCCAGAGCCUGUGUAUGCUGCAGCUCCAUGCCUUGUUGAGGAUGCUGAGCACCAAGCAGAUCCAGACCCUCUUCUCUACCUUCUACCUGCAGGGUCCCCUGGGCACAGCCCUGAGGCCGUCCCGCAGGCAGCUGUUGGAGGCACAGCCGAAGUGCCUAUCAAAUGGGGAGAGUUUUGAAUUCAAAUCCAAGUAUCGUCCCUAGCCAUAACUCAUAAUCGUCACUGCGGACAGUGUAGAGAGGUAUACAGGAGAUGAAGGCUCAGCAGGUUAUGAACCUGGUGUCUGGGCUUGUACACGGCCCAUUCUCAUCCCACUGGUCAGGCCCUGUGUGAGCAACUGUGUCACUUGGCGAGCGAGUGAACAGGCAAUGGCACUUGUCUUUAGCGUGUUGCUGUUCCUCAGAAGCCCUCUCUGCAGGAGCUCUGUCCCAGAUGGCACUCUGAAGGGUGGCUCUCCAGCCAUUCCCUAACACGGUGGCCCGGUUGUCUUUGUAUCGUAGGUGGUGGCCGGUGGGACUCUCCCAGCAGCAGCAGGGGUAAAACAAGCUACUCCAGGAGCGCAGCCCCCGCUUCUUUGGAAAUGACCUUAGUGCUGAUGAGGUCGGGCCUUUGACAUGACCUGAGCUUUCAGAUGGAUGAUUUCUAGAGCUUAUUAUUCCUGGUGCUGAGCCUUCUGGGUUGACUGCAAGCAAUUCCUGUUAGAAUAGAGUGAAACAUGCUUUUACCCAUUUUCUUGUACCGUACACGAAAGGCUCAGGGCUUUGUUCGGUGAAACCAUACACAUUGAUUAUUUUCUUAGAGCUUUCUCCUCCUGUGUGGCAUUGGGGAAAGUCUCCUUGGUUUGAUUACACAGUUAACAGCCCUGUUCCCAUUUUAUUUUCACUAGUCUUAUGAUAUUGCUUACACUGACUUCUCAGAACUCAAUAGCUCCAGGAGGGGGAAAGCUCAGAUCCUCUUACCCGAAAGCUUCGUUAUCCUCCAGACGCCCAAGAGAGCCUCCACUACCGUUCAACUCUUGUGACCAGAGCUGUGUGUCUGGAGAAGACCACAGGACAGGUCAGUACAAUAGAUGACAACAAAAGAAAUCCAUAUGGGUGCAGAGAAUAACUCUUUCCAUACCUUUUCAUACCUAGCAGCAAGAUUGAUAGAGGCUUUGAGCCUUGUUUGCAAAUGAAAACCAGAAAGUGCCCUGUCCUGCUUAGCUACAUAAGUGAAUCCCAGAGGUGAUUGAUUCUUGGUGACCUGCAGCCUGGCCAGGUUUAUCUGGCCGGGAACGUGCUCUCGGAUGGGCUGUCUGGAGUGGCGAAGCGGCUGGGAAACAAAAUAGCUUGGCCGAGACCACUGCUGCUGUUAAAGAGCUGUGAUAAAGCUUGCUUCUCCGGUUCCUUUCUGUGGCUCUGGGAAGGGAGGAGGAGAGCUGUGUUACGAGCUUGUGAAGCUCCGUUGUCUCCUGAAGCCGAGCUUUCUCUGGCACCAAGCGGAGUCCUGGGCUUGGAGAAAGGGAACGUGUCCCUGCCAGAAGCCCCCCUGCUUGGCGUUCUUUUCUGGGUUACGACAGGUGGCUAAAUUGUUUACUGGCUGCUGUUUGCCUCAUGGACCUACAGGAAUUGAGCACUAAAAUUAUUUCAGUCCUGACAGGGAAUGUCUGUCACGGAGAGUUAACGGGACUUCUCCUUGGGUGUUGCUCCUGGCCAGGUUCCUAACUCCUGGGCCGGUGGAAGGGGCUCGUUAAUCCGAGGACCUGGGUCUUUUUGUGAUAGAGCGUGAAACUGAGGGGUUGUUUCGUUUGGAUUUGUGGCAUGGACAGAAGGUAAAACAGCUGAGUGCUAGCGCUUCUCCAAAACCUUCCUUUAUUUAUGAAGAAGGUGAGACAAGUUCUGAAGUCUGCCACGAGGGGACCAUUCUACCUCAGCAUCUCUGUAGCUACAAAAGAGAAAUAGAAGUGGGUAAAUGACAAAUUGUGUGUGGGCAAGCCCAGGUCUGGGAAGUCACGCAGAAGUCUUAACGAUGAAGAAAAGGACUAAUAUGUUGCCAAACUGUCGCUGUGCAUAGCCGCGAGGUCAGCACCCUUGUAAUUAUGGAGCGAUGAAGCCAAGGGAAAAAGCCAACAUUAACAGAAAGACGUGAUUGUUUUAAAUUCUGACCACCUUACUGGGUGGCUUCCCUGCGAAGAUGUUCCAGAUGUCGUCUUGGCAUAAAUUAAUCAAUUUCAAAACAUCUGCAGGGUUUCUUAGAAAACAUGGAAUUUAACAGACAGUGAAUAUGCUCUCCUUUGCCCUUCUGGUUGAUAUUUUGAUUCAGGAAGGGAAUGCAGGCACUUGCUGUUCUUACUAUUAAGAGUCCUUAGACUGAAAGUUGCUCAAAGUUGUUUCUCAACUCUUCUUUUUUUUUAAAAAAAAAAAAAAAAAAGGCUCCAGAUAAUAUAAAGCAGUGAGGCAGCCAAGCCCUCUGGGACUGUGUGCAUGUGUGUGUUGGAAGAGUCACCCGACUUGAAAACCUCCCCGUGUCCCUCCUCCUGCCCCCGAAGUGCAGCCCAUUGCGCUGGGAGGUCAAAUAUUCAGCGGCUUGAGUGACAGGAACUUUAACAGCACCUUUUUCAUCAGCGAGCCAAGUCAUGUGCCCGCUUGUCUGUCAUAUCUGUACUCGAAUUGCUUAAAUAUUGUUUCAGAUGGGGAGGUUUUAAUCUGGAUAUGCAGAGAGGAGUAAUGCUGUGGGGGGAUGUUUAAUUGGCUCCCAGCAGAGCAGCAGUGGUGUGUGGGUUUUUUCCUCUAGAAGUGUUACCAUUUUCACGUCCUAUUAAUGUCCUCUGGUAGUUUAAAUACAGCAUAGCAUUACAGUGGAGUUUGUUUCCCUCCUAGACUGAAUACAAAUGAAGGUCAUUUACUUGUAUUUUUAGAAGGUUUGGAAAACUUAGACAAUUUGUAGCUUUGAACAGCAUUGUUGACUGUUGUAUGUCUGCACAAAAAUAUUUCCAAUAAACCUUUUAUUAAAGCAA